AUGCUGCGACUCGUUCUCUCACUUCUCUCUCUUUCGCAGCACUUGAUUUUCAUGGUCUCAUUCCAUGUGGCUGUGUUCAUCUUCUCCAUCUAUCGUUUUGUGAUUCAACUCUACCGAAAAUAUUUCCAUCAUCAUCACAAAACUGCUGCAGUUGAUCAUGACGGAAAGCAAACAUCGAAUCAUGCCAUUGUGUGGAAUAAACUCAUUCGUCUCGCUGUUGGUCACAAUUUAAAAUCCGUGGCCUCUUUCCGACAAGCUUCGAGACGAUACGUUCCAUUGUUGUAUCCUCCUCUUCAAGCUCCAUACUUUGGAUGUGCUGAGAAGGUAGAAAAGAUUGACAAGUUGAGAAAUUCUUAUUGGAUCACUAUGAAGAAACAUCAAAGACACCAACAACAAAAUACUCUUCACUCCACACGAAAAGUAAUGCUCUUCAUUCAUGGCGGUGGGUUCAUUAGUGGACACCCCAUAGGUCUUGAUGCUCAGUCUGUUCUCUUUUCCAUUAAUGAUUUUAACAAGUCUCAUUCAUCCUCGUCAAAUACUGUGAAAUGCAGCCAUGUACUAUCUGUCGAAUAUCGUUUGAAUGAAGACCCAAAAUCAUAUGCAACCAUGGAUCGAAAUGCUUUGUGUGAAUCUUUGGACGAUCAAUUACAAGAUUGUUUUGAUUGUUUCAUGUAUUUGAUUGAAGAAUUGAAAAUUCCUGCCAAAGACAUUAUUUUAGGAGGUUAUUCAGCAGGUGCCAAUCAUUGCAUGAGUUUGAUUUUACACAAGUUAUUGCCCAUGGUCUUGAGAAAGGACAACAGUACUCUUCAUUCGAGUCCAGUAGUUUGGCCCAUUCAUUCAGUUUCUCUCUUUUCAGCUCCUUGCGAUAUUUCAAAUACAAUUAUUAGCAAUGAUCAAUGGAGACAAGAGAAUGUUCUGGUGUUGACUAAGGGAAUGGUGGAUCUCAUUCAUAUGUGUGUCACUGUACAAGACAAAUUGAAAUAUUCCAUUCUCAAGAAUAUUAAGGACAUGGAAGAAGAAUAUGGCGAUGAUGAAGUUUGGAAUGCACUAUUCCAAACGAAACGAUGGAUCAUUAACUACAGCAAUCAUGAAGAAUUAACACCUGGAAAUGAAUACCUCGUCAAUCUAUUCCAAAAGAAUGUUCAAAAGUUAGCAGACACCAAUCCACAUGUCAUUUGCACUGUCGUGAAUGAAAAUCAUCAAAUGCAUUGCUACACGACAGGAUACAGUGUAUUACCUGAAGCAAAACGAUCCAUGAAGACCAUUAUGAAUAGUUGUUUUUAA